AUGGAAAAUUGGACAUUGCGUACAAUAUUGGAUCAGCUUGCUGUGACCACUGCCACCAAUGGUUAUAAUCGUAAGUCAAAGACACCAUUCGAAACUGUUCAAUAUGCAAUCAUUACUGCCGAAUUACGUCGAGUUGAUUCAAUUGGCUAUGGAUUAAUAAACAUUGACAACAAUAAGUGUUACAUUAAUGCCAAACUCCAAGCUCUAUUCUAUCUCAAAACAUUCAUCAAUGCGAUCAAAGCGGAUGUGGUUAAUCAUGUACCAGAAUGCGAUUGUUUUGUGUGCAUAGUUCAUAGAAUCUAUUUGGCUACACGGAAGGCACCACAAAAUGUAACAAAAGCAUGUAAACCAAAGCAAUUGGUAAAACGUAUAAAGGACAUAUUUUAUCGCCAAAAUAAUUUUGAUUCGAAUAAACAACAAGAUGCGCAUGAGUUUUUGAUUAAUUUGAAUAUGGCAAUGCAACGCACUUAUACUGCCAAGCCAACGACAUUGCAUGUAAAUCCAAAAGCCAAUGGCAUUUAUCUUGGGUCGUUUUACACAACCAUCGAAUGUCCUCAAACGCAAUAUGAAAAAACGUUUAAUACACAUGAUUUUGGCAUUUUAUCGUUAAACAUAAACGAUGAAAAUAUUAAUAGUGUGCAUGAAGCACUCGACGUUUAUUUUGAACCGAAUAAAUUGGAAAAUACUUGCACGAUUUGCAAUCGCGACAAAUAUAAAACAGACCAAAUCGGUACAGCUCCCGAAGUUAUCGUUUUACAUUUGAAACGAUUCGAAGUGGAUGGAUCUGGGAAAAUGACCAAAAACAUUGCCAUCAAUGAUCAACUGGACUUAACAAAAUAUGCAACGCCAACGUGUAUAGACAUUUUUCCAUCACUCCGCUAUCGGUUGAUUUCAAUGGUGUGUCACAAGGGGAACGACUUAGAUCACGGCCACUAUGUGACGUUGGUAUCAAAGAACAGUGGCAACGAUGAUGAUCCAACGAAUAAAUCAUUUUACCUAUUCAAUGAUAAACAAUUGUCACUUAUUAAAAAUACCGAAAGAAUUGUCCGUGAUGCGUAUGUUUUAUUUUAUGAACGAAUUGAAUGUACCAAUGAUGGCCAAACACAAGCAAUACCAUCAAAUGUGAAUCAAGUGCCACUGAAUGCACCAAAUGCCAAUCCACAGCCAUCCACAUCGACAUCGGCAGUGGCAGCCGCAUGA